UGGCGCUGCCGGCCCCGGGAGGCCCAGGGAGGGUAGGCGCCCGGCGAGGGCCGGCGCGCAGGCGCAGAGCCCCCGGGCGGGCGGCCGUUGGGUGCGUGACGCGGGCGUUGGCGCGGCCGGCGGGGCUUCGCACCGGGCGUCGCCCAGCGCGGCCGGUGCCUUCCGUCUGCCCCGGCUGCGCCCGCCCCGCUCCGCCGCCCAUUGUGCUCGUGCCAUGUGACCGGGACGGUUACAGAGCGCCCCCGCCUCCGUUAUUUGUGCUUAGUCACUGCGCCGCGGGAGGGCAGAGCCGCCGCUGCGCCACGGCAGGUGUCGCGGAGAGCCCCAUGGGGACGGACGGCCCCCGCGCCCUCCUGGAGCAGGCGACCACCCUCAACCUGCAGACCGGCAACCUGCUCAACUGGGGCUGCCAGCGCAAGAAGUGCCCGGCCACCCCCAGCGAGGAGAUGGCAUCUGCUGAAAAUAGUACUCCUGUAUCUAUGAGGAUGACUAGAAGAAUGAGCAAAGCAACUUGUAGGCCAGAGGUAAUUCAUGAAUCUCAAGUUGAAGAGUUGGAACAUGCAGAUACAAAAUCAGAUGUCAGUGAUACCUUAGAGAUGCAAACGACUAGAAAUCAGAACAAAACUGUUCCAAAAUCAGUUGCCGAACCACAAGCUGAUGGGGAUGUGUCAGAAACUGAAUCAAACUGCUCUUCUGUGUCUGGUCUUCAGACACCUUUGUUUAUAAGGGUAACAAGAAGACGACAAAUAGUAGUUCCUUAUCAGCCAGAUUCUCCUGCCAAAAAAAGGCAUGACAGGACAGCUUUUCUAAAUGAGUUAAUCAGGACUCAGGAUGAAGAUGAUGUCUCUGAAGCUGAGUCUUGUUCUUCUGCUGUUUCUGGUGUCCAGAUGCCUAAUGUUACCAGAACUACAAGAAGCAGGCAAAGCAAAAAGAAAGUGCAAUCAGAUCCAAUUUGUGAAGCCCAGGGUGAAGAUAUUUCUGAUGUGGAGUCAUGCCGUUUUCUUACGGAACCAUCUGUCGCUACCAAACGAAUUACUAGGAGCAUGCGAAUGAAAUCAGAAGCAGAAAACAUGGAGCGGACUGAGAAAGUAAACAAAACUGUUUCAGAAGAUCAGAAUUUAAUUGAAGACACAGUUAAAUCUGAGCCAAUAACAAUUUCUGAUUCCAGACCUGCUGCAAAAGGUGUCUCUGACACAGAAGACAUUUCCCCUCUCACUCAGGAUAAUGAAGAAUCCAGUUCUCUUAAGAGCAAAUGUUCUCCCAGAUUUGCCAAUAUAACCCUGAGUGAAGAUGUGAAACAAGAUUUUUUGAAUGAUAUGACACCUAGCAGUCUUGCAGAAGUAACACAGAGUACACUGAAUGUUGAUAGAACACCGAGUAUCACUGAAUCAUCUAGAAAGAAAGCAAUAAAGGAUAUACAGACUGUUGGGGUAGAUGACUCAGAGGAAGAAUGUCGCCACAUACAAGAAGAGCACAGUCAAAUAUUUGUGGCAGGGGGAACAUUAAAGAGCAUAGCUCUUACUUUGACUGACUGCAUGAAUCUCAAACAGUCCUUAGAAUCCCAAGAGCAAAUAACACCAAAUAAAAGUGAAAAAAAUCCAGAAGAGGAAAGAGCAGAUGCUGAGGCAGCUGCACAGGAGUCUUUCAACCAUGCUGAUGAAUUAAGCAUGCAUGAGCAGUCUAGUGUAGUGAGCAGCCCACAAAAAGACAUACCUAUUGCACAAAUGACUGAUAGCAUUGUUGAUGAAUCCAGAAUGCUUGAAAUCAGUGUAGACAGCGAUGAAGACCAAACGGGACAGUAUACUAUGCUUGAAAUCAGUGUAGACAGCGAUGAAGACCAAACGGGACAGUAUACUGAACCUGUAUCCCAUGGCAGCAAAAGAUCAAACAGGAAAAAUGAUUCUUUUGCAUUGUUUCUGAAUAAAGAUGAAAGCGAUGAAUCUGAAAAUAGUGAUGUAGCAGACACAUGUGUAGUGGAAGAGGAUCUGAGUUGCACAGAGGCAGAUGAGAGGACGCCUUCCCUGAACAAAUCUUUAGAUGACAAUUCACUGCAUGCCAAAGGGCUUUUUGUAAUCGAUACUGAGCCAGGCAUGGGUUCUAGCCAAAAGUAUUAUCUAGAUCAGGUAGACCUCGUUAGUGAUGGUGGAAGCAAGCCUGAAGAAAGUGCAAAAGUUGAAGAAUCCUCAGAUCUGGAAGAGGAUGAAGAGGAAUUGAUAGAUGAAGAUGAGAAAGAUGAAGAAGAAGAGUUGUUGAAAAAUAAGAUUGAUGUUUUACAUCUGUCCAGCAGCAUAGAUCCUGGUUUGAAUAUCAAGAAGCUUGGAGGUUUAUAUAUUAGCUUUGAUGCAAAAAAACAAAAACCUGGCUCAAAUGUAAUUAAACAACUGAAGGAGAAAAAGAAGGAUGAGCUCUUGCAGAAAAGUAUAAUAACUCCAGAUUUUGAAAAAAAGGAAUGUGUUCCACCCUUUAGGGAGUCCCUUCACCAGCUGAAGAAACAGCGCAAGGCAGAGCGAGAGAAAACAACAGGUGAUGGCUGGUUUGGUAUGAAAGCCCCAGAAAUCACAAGUGAACUGAAAAAUGAUCUCAAGGUUUUGAAGAUGAGAGCUUCGUUGGACCCUAAGCACUUUUAUAAAAAGAAUGAUAGAGAAGGUUUACCAAAAUAUUUCCAGGUUGGAACCGUGGUUGACUCUCCCAUAGACUUUUAUCACAGCCGAAUCCCUAAGAAACAAAGGAAAAGAACAAUUGUUGAAGAGUUGCUUGCAGAUUCUGAGUUUAGAAGAUAUAAUAAAAGGAAGUAUCAGGAGAUCAUGAGUGAAAAAGCAGCUUUUGCAGCAGGGAAGAAGAAUCGGAAGAAGAAGAAGUUUCACAAUUAAGACUUGAAGAAAAAUAACAAGCUGGAACAACUUAUUUGUUAUAAAUGAUUUUACAGAA